UAACACCACCUUGUGCUGGCUGCACUAUUUGUCGGGUUUGACCAAGCAAUACUCUUUGUAUCUUUCAGAGCUUUCCGUUCUCGUUCUGCAAUGUCACACCAUCUUCGCACUCUUCAACUUCCACCACUCUCCUCGAAAACCCCAACGAUCAAUACACAUUCUUUCUCCCUCAAUUGCUUCCGCUUCAGCUUCGGCUUCCAUUGCUCCGUCUCCUGCGGAUGCGCGCGCCAAAUUUCUCCGGUUCGGUUCAGUCAUCAAGCGUCUUUGCAAGAGGAAGGAAAACCUGUUUCCCUUUUCUUUCAACCUGUCUCAAGCGAAACCCACUUUGAUCUUCUCCUCGACCAGGCUCAAAGGCUCCACCAAGCUGUCGUUGUGGUUUGGAUGGCAAAUUGGUGCAGAAAAUGUAUAUAUUUAAAACCAAAAUUGGAAAAGUUGGCAGCAGAUUAUUAUCCAAGGUUGCAGUUCUACAGUGUAGAUGUUAAUACAGUUUCACACAAACUUGUUGCUCGUGCAGGUGUGACUAAAAUGCCAACCAUACAACUGUGGAAAGACAGCAAGAAACAAGCUGAAGUUAUUGGUGGCCAUAAAGCACAUAUAGUAAUAAGUGAGAUUCAGGAGAUGAUUGAGAAUGAGUGACAAGUUUUAGUGAAGUGGACUUAUUUUCCGCUAUUUUGAUAUAUUUUAUUAAUUGGUUUUACAUUACUGCAUUAUUUUUUUCCUUUUUAUUUACCUAAAACAACUACUUUUAAAGUAUCUUACUUACGUUAAAAGGUAUUCAAAUCCUUAUAGUUGAGGUAAUGUGAGAUAUCUCCUGAUAUUCGAAUCUUUGUCUUAAUGAAUGAGACUUAAAAGUUUAUAGUUUCUUCUUCUGAAGGUUUUUUCCUUACUUUCUUAUGUUAAACAUUUGAGGUGUAUGAGAUGAGGAUAAGUGGCCUGUUGUCAAAUAUUUGAUGUAUACCCCAAUACGAAAGAUGAGAGUUAGAGCUGGUUAAUUACACCACGAGCUCUAAAAACAAUUGUCAAAUUAGGACUGUUCAUGUGAAGACCACCUUCAAAUGUAACAAGAUUGCAUGGAGAUGGAUUUCUUGGUGACCUGUUAUCACCUUCUAAUGCACAAAGGUACCCUUUGCUAUCUUUUUCUGUUUUGAAUGUUAAGCUCACACGAUUUCGAAUGAUCAUAGUCAUUGUGAAUGUUAUUUGCUCUCUUCGGUGCGUAAGUUAUUAUCAUUCCACAUGAUGAUAGGAGAAAAUGAGUGAAGGUGGAAAUAAUAUUGGUUGUAUAGUUGAAGAGAAAUAAUUUCAAAAAUGGUGGAGCUUAUUGUACUUACUCAUCAAUUUAUAUUCAUAUAUUUCUCUUCUGAUCUCUCCUUCCUAUUUUUGUCCCAACAAACAACUUUAAUUUCUCAUUUACUUCCACUCGACCAUCUUAUUUCCUUCUUACGUUUUUCUCCCUUGUAUAUCAAAAGAUUAGUUUUCCAUUCCAUUAAGUGACAUGGUUGUUAAGUCUACGUUGCAGGUUGCUAGUGGCGCAUCUCGGGUUUAGGCCAAAGGACAACUUGGAAUUUGACAUGGGUACUUUAUUAAAGUUGCAUGGCAUCCAAGAGAAAGCGGACACAGUUUGAAACCAGACUUAACAUUCAAAGUCACAACCAAGUCAAUGAAUGGCACGAGCAUUUGAGUCGUAUGUGGAGUGGAGUUGCACCAAACUUUGAACCAAGCCACAAUUUUCCUUCCACUCGGUCACAAAUCUUAUCACCAAACUUAUCCUGCAAAUCAACCUUAUACCUUAGUGUCAACUUCAGCACUAUUGAUCUGAAGCACUCAAAUCUCUCACCACUGGCCUGGAAUAAUGACCUUUCUUUGGGUUUCUCUCUCUGUAUGACGUGGCCUGAAGAAAGUUAGUGCAAUAUGGCUACUUAUUUCUUCAAUUCAUUGAAAGUCCAAGUUACAAUUUUAAUUAGGUUAAUGCAACAUUUGAGGCAUAAUUGCAAGUUAGAAAUUCUAAUCAUCAUUAUUAGCCAAUAAAGUUUUCCUUCGG